CGCCGGAGCGUUUGUGGCAGUGCCGUGAUGAGCGUCACUGCGCCUGCUGCGGGCCUUUCCUGGGAACUGCUUAUUCGCUCGACUGACUCACGCAGACCCCUCCUUUCUUCCAGCAUGGCGCUCGAAGGGGGGUACGUGGGGUUCCCAGGUGUUCGAUGCAGACCUGCUUCGCGUCAGUAAGAUGCUUGCAGCGCACGCAAACCACGUCCUGGAGCCCAUCGCUCCCAGUUAACAGAUAAAAAAUGAGAGGGUUCAUGAAAUGUUAGGAGGCGCCCUGAAUGAUUUUGAUUUGUCCAAACAAGCCAGGUGAUACACGGCGUCAAAAGCAUUUCAGCAGUUUUAUGUUCAAAAUAAAGAUGGACCUAGAAACCAGACAGCAUUUUCUGCAGUUGAAAUAAAAAGAAUUCAUUCUGCAAUUCUUUUCCAAAAUAUUGAUUUCUUGGCCUGACCUGUGCUUAGGCUUCAGACAAGGCGGCAUUCGCUGUCCCAGCCGGAGCGGUGUCAUUGGGAGAGGACUGAGCUCCCAGCCACAGUUCUUAAUGUGCGCUCUUGACUCUUGCCAGGACCUUGAGAUAUGGAGCCUCAAGAUACCAAGAAGGCUUCAGAAGGGAAGAGGAAGUUCACUGUGAAGACAUCAGAGGAGGAGACCAUCCCGGUGAGACUGCUCUUCAAACCCUCCUCUGCAGCAAAAGCUUCGCCGGUCCCUGAAGCCCCCACUGAGUCCAGGGCUGCAUCAUACGCAGACUACAUCGUUGGCCAAGCAGGCACUGCCUCCACCUCCCAGGUGAACCAGCAAGCAGCUGCCGCCACCGCCACUGCCACCAGCACAGAGCCACCUCUCCUGCAAGAGGACCAGAAGAGCGCUGCAGCCCCACUGGGUGCAACCGAAGAGAAAGGCUGCUCCUUGAACCCAGCCCCCAAACCGGGAGCCAGGCACAGCAGCAUCAUUGUCAGCCCCCGCCAGAGAGGAAACCCCAUCCUGAAGUUUGUCCGCAACGUGCCUUGGGAGUUUGGCGAGAUUGUCCCAGAUUAUGUGCUGGGCCAAAGCACAUGUGCCCUUUUCCUGAGCCUUCGUUACCACAACCUGAACCCCAAUUACAUCCACGAACGGCUCCGCAACCUGGGCAGGACCUACAUGCUGCAGGUGCUGCUGUUGCAGGUUGAUGUGAAAGACCCACACCAGGCAAUCAAGGAGCUGGCCAAGAUCUGCAUCCUGGCUGACUGUACCCUCAUCCUGGCGUGGAGCCCAGAAGAGGCCGGCCGCUACUUGGAGACUUACAAGGCCUAUGAGCAGAAGCCGGCCGACUCGCUGAAGGAGAAGGUGGACCAAGACUACCUCUCCCGAGCGACGGACUGCCUGACCAGCGUGAAAUCGGUGAAUAAGACGGACACACUCAGCCUGCUCUCCAACUUUGGGUCUCUGGCCAGCAUCAGCCAGGCAUCCAAGGAGGACCUGUCCCUCUGCCCAGGAAUUGGGCCCCAAAAGGCCAAGCGGCUCUUCGACAUCCUUCACGAGCCAUUUCUCAAGGUGGCCAAGUGACCCCACGCUGCCUGCUCCCUCCCGCCUGCCCACGGGGCUGCCUGUCGGUGGGGCCCUCCCCGGCAGGGGACAGCGUCCCAGGGAAGAGAACGGAAGCCUUAGUUGGCUAGCGGCCCCUGCGACCCCCACCCCCAGCUGUAAAUAAAACGCCAGCACGGAUCA